UCAGCGACUUACAGCGGGACUGUGGCGGGCAUUCUGACACUGGGGGGAACUGACUUGGUGUCACUGACAUCCCCAGUGACACUAAUACAGGGAUCAGUGCUAAAAAAAUGCACUGACACUGUGCUAAUGGCACUGGGCAGGAAGGGGUUAACAUAAGGGGCGAUCAAAGGGUUAACUGUGUGCUGGGAGUGUUUUACUGGGGUGCGGUAUGUUGUGCUCUGAAUGGCUGUGCUAUGCACAGCCAUCCAGAGCAGUGUGCCCAAGCCGACAGGGGAGGAGGACUGUUAGUAAACAAAGAAAGCCCUUCUCCCCGUCAGACAUCCUUGGUAACCACCGGGCGCCGAUGGGUAAUCACCGGUCGGGACCCGGUGAUUGACAGCCGCGGUCGCGAAUGGUGGCGCG